ACAGCCACUAAGCACCUAUACUGACAUAACUCCUGGCGUGAGUGAACUCUACGUGGUUUCGAAAGAUCAUGCCGUUUGCAAAAUUAAAAUAUCCAAAUUGUUUGCGUGGCUUUACAUGUCUACCAGUCCACCGCCCUUCGAGCGCUUCCGUUUAGCGGUCGUUCUCGACGCACUUUUGCAGAUCUGCAGUUCCCAGCGCUCAGCUGACUCGUGAUACAGGACGCGGCUACCCAAUCUGUACGGGAAGGUUGUCUGAUCAGUCUCCGGCGAUCACCCAUGGCCACCGAGGCGGUGACUGUGGCCGAAGAGGCUCGGCCAAACGUGGACCUCGAGUUGGAACAGCGCGUCAAGGGCACCUGUGGCCGCAUUUCGGAGAACGUACACAUAUUCGCCAACGAGCCGUCGCUGGCCUGCUACCGGUUGCAAGAGCACGUCCGCAAGUCCCUACAGCCGACCGUCGAGAGGCGUCUGCAGAUGGCCGAACUGCGUCAAGAGCUACGCGGCAAGUGUUACGACUUGGACUACGCCAUCGCGGCGCUUCGCGGCUUCCAGCAGAGCCGGCAACACUUGGCCAACGUGCAGGACCUGAUGCGCAACGCGGUCUUCAUGAAGCAGCAAUUAGGCGCACCGCGAAGCUCGCGCAGCUGCCUCCAGCAGUGCUGCGCAAUCGACUGGCCGUCGUCAGCAACUGCUACAUCAACAAAGGCUGUCGCUGGAUCUUCCCCAGACGGCUUCUCGUCUGAGCAGCUCGCCGUCACUGGGCGCAGCUGACAUGCGUCUCGGGUCGCAACGAUCGGCGUCCCCGAGGCGCCCAAGCGAUCAGCGUUAGAUCUAUUGAUCGACUAUAUUAAAUAGGACCUCGUUAUAUUUGGCAUCUGUGGACGUACUAGCGAAUUUAAGCGAUUGUAAAUGCAACAGUGUCCGCACCAUUCUCUCGACAUUGUCGAAUUGUGCCAGAGUGGACCAAUCGUCUAUCGGAGAGGCAUCUCUCUGGGCCAAUCGGAGCGUUCGAGAUGGCCGGCCGUGGCAUGACGCAUUCAUCACGCACACAGGAGCAGCGUUGGUGACGACAUCUAGUGACGCUGGAUUAAACUAAAGUGUUCUUCGGCUUCUUUUUUUCUUAGCUUGUAUUUCUGUGUUCAUAGAGAAGGAAAAGUUUGAUAUUUGCCAGGACAAUAAUUAGUGAAUUUAUUGGUUGAAAAUAGCUCUGUGGUAUGUUUCAGCUAGCAACCUUUCAUUGGUGACGCGCGAGCACUAAAGUGCAUGUAUAGAGCAUGCUGUAACGCUUUAGUUGAUGCAGUAUUUCGUGAUGCUGGCAUCGCUUGGCAGUACAUGUGCAAAGCAGGCAGGAUGGCAAACUGCAAUUUCAUGUUGCAUCAAACUGUUUGAAUGAUUGAUAGUCAUUACUGUAACAGCCUCUGAAAUGCAACUGGAGCUUACGCCACUCGCAUGCUGACAAUGCAGUGAUGUGAAAAUGUGAUCAGUCUGGGAGAGUUUUGUGCAAUUUUAUUCUAGAAUUCACCGGAAGUGUGAAACAAAAACAAGGCAUGUUGUUCAUCUGUCUUUGUGCCUCUUGUGGGUCACCGUUAUGGCAAGCUUUAGUUGCUAGGCUGUAGUGGCCUUCGUAUUCAAAAUUAAAGAGUGCAUAAAAAUCAAUAAGCAAACUCGUAGAGGCACAUGAAUCCUUAUGCCACAUAUGUUGCACCCCUUCCCAUCAAUUCUGGCUAGUUGUGAUUGUCUGAAAGUUGUGUGCCCUGCCUUCAAGCACUCAAAUUUACAGGCAGAGUUUAAAGUUGAGUACACUUAGUGACAAGUCAGAUGCAAAGAUUGGCACCUUCUAAACCCAACUUAUUUAUCUAGAAAAAUAACAAAGGAGACAGCCAUGGUAUAGGUAAUGCAUGCCAUGAUUCGUAUGCAGUUAGAAAAAAAUGUAGUGCACGAGCACCCAAAUUUUUCCAUCCUUGGGCUCACUCACAAGGGUCUGCUUCACUUUGGGACUUGUGCAAUGUGUUGUAAUGUAUUGCUAUAAAUGAAAAAAUAUAUAAAGGGAGUGUGAAAAUAGAGAAGUUCCCCAAU